AUUAUCUGUUGUAUCAUACCCAUUCUUGUUGACAUGUUUGAUGUAAUUUUUGGGUGGAGAAAAGCUACUAAAUGUAAGAAUUUGAUUAAAAGAGUUAAAUGCCGGCUUAAGCUGUUGAAGAACAAGAGAAGUUGCAUUGUUAAGCAAUUGAAAGAUGACUUAGGGCAACUACUUAGACAUGGACAUUACCAAAUUGUCUUUGAUAGGGUUGAUCAGCUAUUUAUGGAUGACAAUAUGUUGGUAGUAUAUGAUUUAUUGGAGAAUUUUUGUGAAUUUAUCCUCAUUAGCCUUCCAUAUAUUCGUAGACACAAAGAUUGUCCAAAUGACAUCAAUGAAGCAGUGUCAAGUCUCGUAUUUGCAUCUACGAGACUUGGCAAUUUACCAGAGCUUCCUGUGAUCAGGAAACUCUUCGGACAACGUUAUGGGAAGAAAUUCGAAACAUCUGCACUUGAAUUACUUCCUGGAAAUCUUGUGAACUAUCAGAUAAAAGAGAACUUGUGUAUAAAGUCUGUUUCAAAUGAAGUGAAAUAUAAAUUGGUGGAUGAAAUAGCAAGGAUUUGCUUUCAACAAGGACCUUUACUUCUUGAAUACAGAAAUGAAUCACAACAAGAACAGGUAAUUAUGUUACGAUCGAAGAAUUCCAACAUCGCGACAGAAGCAAAUAUUGUAUCUAUUGAUUAUUCAUCAGAAAUUGAGGGAACUUCUACUGAUUAUUUAUCAGCAAUUGAACAAACUUCUAUAGAUUCAGUCCAUUGUAUGAAGAACAAUGAGCAGGAAAGAGUAUCAAAUCCUACUCGAUGUAGUAAUUAUUCGUCUCAAUCUACAAUUUCUAGUCCUGAGCUUGUAAUGAAAGGAGAAUUUUGGAGAGCCAAUGGCUUUAUAUCCGGGAAAAUGACAGAUCAGUUAGCUUAUAAGGAUGACGUUGAAGAGUUUGAGUCUAUUCUAAGCAAAGAUUUAAACUUUCAAGAUCAGAGGCUUUUCAUGUUCAAAGGACUUCUCUGUCCCUUAAUGUUAAAGAUGGAUACUGAUCAUAUCAAUGUGAGUAUUUCCCCUCUGCAAAAGACGAGACUUAUCGCUAUGAAGGAUGCAUCAUUCAUGACGGAUGAUUUGGAAAGAUGUUCGUUUACAUUCUCAUCAUCAUCAGCAAUGAUUCGCGGACAACUUUAUAUGAGGACAAGGACUAUGCCAGUUGAAAGGCCUAAAGAUAACCUCGUGGACAACUUUCUUCAAUCAAAUUCAUUUCCAGUACUUCAAGAGCCUGGUGAAGAAUCGUCGUUGAAAAGCUAUGUCCAUCCUAAGCUUCCGGAUUACGAUGAAAUUGCAGCUAUGUUCAAGGCUCUCAAGAAAGAAAAACUGCAAGCAGAAAGGAAUUUGAGGUCAAUUCAUAACAAAUAG